UGCCAAAUGCCAAACAACUCAUCUCUCCUCAAAUUCAUGACUUAUAAAAAGGGGUCUUUGUUGCUCUCAUUGUAAUUAGCUAGCUUGCUCUCAAAAAAAAAAUCUAUACAUUAUUUUUUUCUUCUCAAUUCUUAUUCUUUUUAUUACACAAGAUUUUCUUUAAUUAAACCUACAUAUAUUUCAAGCUAGCAUGGUUUUCUUUGAUUCUCUUAACUUGAAAACCAUGGUUGUAGAUAACAAGGAAAAGUUUACUACUCCCACUAGAAGAAGCAAUCCAUCAAAUGAUAAUGAAAGGAUAGAAGAAGUUGUACAAAGGCAAAGAAGAAGGAAAACAAGAAAGGUGUUGAUGAAGAGGAGGAGAUCAAUCUUUCGACGACGGGAUGAAAAUGGGAUCGAGAAAAAGGUUCAAACCCUACAAAGGCUGGUUCCGACCAGGGUCGGGUCGGAUAAUAAUCAAGGGUUGGAUGGGUUAUUCACUGAUACAGCUUCCUACAUUAUUUCCUUGCAAAUGAGGGUUAGGGUCAUGCAAAUUAUGGUUGAUGUUAUGGAAAAUUCUCAAAAUCUUGAGUAAAAAAAAAUAUCAUUCUUUUUUUUUGCUUGUAAAGUGAUACAUUAUUCUUUACAAUCUGUUUUAUUUCUUCUUUUUUCUUCCUUUUAAUUUCUCUUGUUUCUUAAUUAUCCUAAAGGUCGUCUAUAAUUACUCGGUAAAAUUCACGCAUUCGCGUAAAAACCAGAUCCUUAUGAACAAUAUGAUAUAGAAUCUGGCGUAGGAGCCUAGUAUAUGUUCAUUAUAUUAUGUGUUGAUGAACAGGAGGUCUUAAUUAGGUACAUUUGUUAGGAGGUUAUAGGUAAUGAUCUAUUUCGGAAUUUUUCGAUUUUUGAUUUUUUUUUUUUUAUAUAUAUAUAUCUUGUGUGAAAUGUGACAUUAGGGAUACUUCAUGUAUGAGAUUAUGAUUCAUAUUAUUUAUUAUUGAUUGGAAUAUAUUGUUUUAAUUAUUUUAACUAAUUUGAG